GAGAUGGAGACAGUGAACAUUGUGAACAACCCUUUCCAACUCCAUACGGGACCAAUGCGCCCCGUGAAGCCGUCAUCUCACCAAAGCCCUCCAUAACAAACGCAACCAUGGCGAGAACUCGCGCUAAAGGCGCUGCAACAGCGGCAUCGAAAGACGACAAGAAGAGCGCGACAACGGCUACGAAGAGCUCGACCUCAAUUUACACCCUCUCAACCGAGUCCGACAACCCCCCAAAGCUCUUUAUCCUCCCCAAGUCCGCCUCGCCUGCCGCGCGCAUCGUCACCCUCCAGCAUCCGCGUCACAACAAGCCCACGCGUUUCCUCGUCUGUCCCGAAGCAGGCUUCUUCGAGUUCACCACAGUCUCCCCGCCCAAGUCCACACCCCGAAGCUGGCUCGUACAAUCAACCACCCCGAACCAGGACCAUGGCAACAACCAGAGCACACAAAUCACCCAAUCCCCCGCCCUGCACCUCGCCACCCCCUACGACCCCCUCUUCCUCCUCCUCCCCGCCCUCUACAACAACACCACCACCACCACCACCGACGCGCAACAAGAACAAGAACAAGAAGAACCACCCCACCAGCAAAACCAAAAACGCAUGUUCCUCUCCCUCGAAGACCACCUCGACAACACGCCCGACCCAUCCCGGCACCUCGCCGAACUCCUCGCCACCAGCUCAAGCACGCGCCAGCUCGUAGAAGCGCGUUUGGCAGCGGUGUGCGGCGCGGUGCAGGCCGGCGAUGAGCGCAUGUACCGCGUGGACGAGGCCAAGCUGCUGGGCGCGCUGCUCGCCAAGGCGCGCGCCGUGGUUGGGGGUGGUGCUGGGAGGUUACCCGAGAGUAUGGAGGAGCGGUUUGUGAGGAAGGAGCUGGAGGCGCCUGUGUUGGGGGUCAGGGUGGCGAGGGGGAGCGGAGCGGUUGUUGUUGUUGAAGGGGAGGGAGCUGCAGCGGUGAGGUCGAACGACUUCUCUCGCAAGAGGGGGGGCGAUGAGGAGCAGGACGAGCGCGCCGAGAAGAGGCGGAAACAAGAGGCGGAGGAGAAGGCGAAAAAGGCAAACAUGAGUCGGGGGGUCAAGAAUCUGAUGAAGGUCAACACAUCAGGGAUGAAGAAGAUGAGCGAUUUCUUCAAAAAGAAGGCAUAAACCGCUUUGGGUGUUUUCCUCGUGUUGUAGGCCUUGUUUCUAUAGCAUCUGUAGUAUUUGUCCAGAUCUGGGUGGAUGGUCAGGAUCAGGCGUUCGGGGUUGGCAUCGUGGUACGAAUAUACGGGCAUAAUCAGGAU